CCCAUUUUUUUUUUUUUUUUCUAUAACCUGUGUUGCUGCUCCAUCUCUCCCUUUUCUUUCCCAUUCUAUUUUUCUUUUUUUUGGGUUUUUUUUGGGCUGUCUGCUUCCCUUUUUUUCUAUUUGUUAUAAUGCUUGAUUAAGUAAACAAGCUACUACUAAAUACUUACAUUCAUCAUGUUGACAGAUCUCUCAAAUUAUCUUUUACCGUGCGAUAUCAAAUUUUACCAAAAUUACGCAUUACCUAUCAUAAAUAAGGAUAAAGAGUUGUUCGAUCUUGACGAGUUUGAGUCUAUUCUACAGGGAGAUGAGUCAAUAUCAAAGUGGACGAUAUCAGAGGCUUAUAAUACAUUUGAAUAUGAUACGGAUGCCCAGUAUGAAUUGCACCCAAGGUUCGGCAGAUACGUGUGGGAUCUGGCUGACCAAUGGUAUCAAAAGUGGAACGUUGUAUUUUCUGUUGAACAUAUGUGGAAUUGGAGACGAAUAGAGCACGGGAUCACACCUUCUUUGGAAAGUCUGUCAUCGGAACCAUUAAACAUUUUUGACGCCUCCAACAUUCAGCCUUGGCUAACACGCAUCAUCGAAAGGUACAACGUCCAUCCGGAUCACCAAAACGUUUUGCAGGAUUUAUGUCGGUACAUAGGCGAGUGGCAUCAGAACAAUCGCUCGCUCACUUUAAAAGGCUCCUUCAAGCUAAAUACAAUGCCUUUAUUUCCACCUACUUGGUUUUUGAAUAAGACAAAAAAGAACAACAGCACAGAAGGCCUGACUCCUUCCUUCAUGGCCACAUUUGCACCACCUUAUCAGCUGGAUCCAAAAACUCAAAUACCAGAGCGUUGGAAUCAGGUGUUUUUAAAAGGCCUAACCGUCGAUCCGAAUCAGAAAUUCAAUCUAGAUCCAAUCUUAAUUGCUUCCGCUGCAGUGCCUAUCCUUGGAUUAACUGUCCAUUUUGACGUAGAAUCUGGAUACAGUAAACUCAUGUUAGUGAUGACUAAAGCUAAAUUUGGCGAUUUAGAGGACCAGAUCUCCACAGAAAUACCCACAGACUACAUGAAACCAUGCCAAUUGGCUCUCAGUAUAACCAAAGACAUUAAAGAUUUACAUUGGAACUAUAUUCAUGGCAAUAUCCAUCCUCGUAAUGUUCUGUUAUAUUAUGCAGAUUACGUAGGGGAACUCGUAGACAUCACUUUUAUGCGAAAAAAUACCGAUCCACAAACACAAACUUCAGGUACAAAGCUAGGAGGAAGAUGGCCUUAUGUAGCACCUGAAGUCGUCUCGACAGGCUUUAGUGCAGCAGCAGAUAUUUAUGCCUUAGGUAUCAUCAUUUGGCAAUUGAUUUCUCGAGUCACUUUCCCAGGGGACACCCUGAUUGACCCCCACGUCUUCCGCAUUGAACCUAUCCCUUGUGUUCUGAAAGACUGGGAAGAUCUCUACAUUGACUGCUUACACACCAAUCCUGCCAAACGACCCUCAGCUUAUCUUCUCUAUAGGCGGUUAACAAACCUUUAUAACAAGCUGAGGAGCAAUCCAACCCCAAUAGCUAAUGAAACUGCUUCCUAUAUACGUCAAAGGAGACACGAGAUUGAUCAGUUCUUAACAGCUUGUAAAUCAUCUCCGACGCCCACCAAACUGAUGAUGAUGUUGCAGCAUCAGCCUUCCACUUCCACAAUAAGUAGUACUUCCACAACAACAGGUGUAGAUGCAUACACGGGAGAAGACCAUCAGCAUCACCAUACUCAUGAUCCUAUCUUGCCUACAGCUUCAACCUCGUCCAAUGACAGCAAUGAUACGACCUCAUCGAAUACGCUGUGCCAAGUAGGAAAUAUGGUCUUAACUGCUUCAGUUACCCGUCCCUCCCAUCAAAGACUAAAGAGUUAUCCAAAUUUGAUACAAGAUUUCCCUGAUUACUCACAGUAA